CGAUCGCAGUCGCGCAGCACAUUCCCAAUCCCAACCCAAGCAGACCUCCGGCAUGGCUCGCGCUCAGCUGGUGGCCGUCGCCCUCGCGUGCGCGGCGCUGCUCGCCGCCGCGGGUUCCUCCGAGGCCGCGGCCUCCUUCACCUGCGCCCAGGUCGUCUCCGUCAUGUCCCCCUGCUUCACCUACGCCCGCGGCGACGGCCCCAUCGGCCAGUGCUGCUACGGCGUCAGGAGCCUCGCCUCCGCCGCCAGGACCCCCGCCGCCAGGCGCUUCGCCUGCGGCUGCCUCAAGUCCGCCGCCGCCAGUGUCACCGGGCUCAACCUCGCCACCGCCGCCAAGAUCCCGGCCAGGUGCGCCGUCAACGUCCCCCCCAUCAGCCCGUCCGUCGACUGCUCCAGGGUGAGCUGAACGACCGCCGGAUCCAUCCUAUCAUCGCGCCGGAGCCUGCCGCCGGAUCAUUAGCUACGUAUCUGGCUAAUGAUCAGUUACUCAUGAUGAAUAAAAUCUGUCCAGUCUCUCGAAAAGAUGAAUAAAACCUCAACAUCGUGUGCAGUGUUUACGCUUGCAUUGCAGAUAUGGUCGUUGGUAGUGUGUACCUCGUUCAUGUGAGACUCACAAUGAGUCGUUCUUGUGCCACCGUUAUAAGCAAGAGUACGUAAUGUUUCCUU